GGCCUCGAUUCAUUGGCAGCUCGGCGCCUCCGCGAGCCGCAGCCCGCUCAGGUGAGGGAGGGCCGCUCGCUCUCUCUCCUCUCUCUCUCGUCUCGUCUCGUUCGUGCCUUCAAGAUCGGCAUUGUGACCACGGAACUGAGGCCGGAUGCUGACCUGGGUUGAUGUAGAGCUGGGUGCUCCCCUGAGCUGUGCGGUGAUGCAGGUGUCCCCCCGGCUCCUGUAUACCCAGCUCGAGGGCUAACGGCACUAUUUGCGUUACCCCGGAGCCUCGCGUGGCCCGGUGGCAGCAGGGCUCGGUAGCGGAAGGGCCCAGCCAAGGGUGGUCAAAUCCUGUUGGAAAUGAGGUUCCGAAUACACAAGAGGAAGGUGGCCAUUUUGUUUGUGCUGCUAACCGUGGCCGGCAUUGCUACGUGGAACGUCACGAAAGCGCGGAAGCAGGCCCCUCGCGAAAGUCCGAAAAAUGCAGUAGCAACUGAGCAGAACCGGAUUUUAUCCGAAGAUCGAGAUGAAUAUGACUAUUUCCGAGGUCGUGACAACGUGUCAUCUAAUUUUUUCGACGUGAAAAUUGGUGUGAAAAAUACGUCAAAGGAGCUGAAAAAGUACAUAUACUACCAAAACUUUUACCAGUUCAUCAGAAACUCUGAAAAAAUCAAGGCUCCAGCUAAGGAUGGGCUGGUCAUCCUGGUGCAAGUUCACAACCGCCCACAGCACCUCAAGCUGCUAGUGGAGUCGCUGAGAAAAGCCCAGAGGAUUGAGGAGGUGCUGCUUGUUCUCAGCCACGACUACAUAUCAGAGGAGGUCAACGAGGUCGUGCGCACCAUUGACUUCUGCCGCGUGCUGCAGAUCUUCUUCCCGUUUAGUCUGCAGGUCUACCCUAACGAGUUCCCGGGACAGGACCCCAAUGACUGUCCCCGGGACAUCUCCCUGGAAGAAGCCCGUCGGCUGAAGUGCAACAAUGCCGAGUUCCCAGAUAAAUACGCCCACUAUCGCGAGGCCGUCUUCACGCAGACCAAGCACCACUGGUGGUGGAAGUUGCACUUCGUGUGGGACCGCUUGAACGCCAUCAACGCCCACGACGGCCUCGUGCUGCUCAUCGAGGAGGACCACUAUCUACUGCCCGACUUCUACGUCGUCCUGCAGAAGAUGUGGGACAUGCAGAAGCGCGAGUGCCCCGACUGCGAUAUACUGAGCCUGGGCUCCUACGACAUGGUGGACAACUUUGAGGGCAAGAGCGACAAGCUUGAGGGGCUGCCCUGGCAGUCAUCGCGGCACAACAUGGGCAUGGCCAUCGGACGGCUGACGUACAAGCACCUGCUGGCCUGCACGCAGGAAUUCUGCACGUACGACGACUACAACUGGGACUGGACGCUGCAGCACCUGACGGUGGCCUGCCUGCCGCACCCGCUCAAGGCGCUGGUGCUGCAGGCUCCGCGCGUGUGCCACACGGGCGGCUGCGGCAUGCACCACCAGGGCCCGUGCGACGCCGAGGGGGAGGCCCGCCGCCUCGCGGAGCACGUGGCCGCCAAUGCGCCGCACCUCUACCCGACCGCCCUGCAAAUCCUGCAGAUGCACUAUGUGUCGCCCAUCAACCCCCACACUGUCAACGGUGGCUGGGGUGACAAGCGAGACCACGCGCUCUGCCAGAGCUACAGACAGCUGCGCUGAAUUGAACAGAGGAGCAGCAGCAAUUGUCUUGAAUUCUCCCGUUCUGGAAAGCCAUGUCUGGGUGUCAAUUGAGAACAAAAAGAAACAUUUUUCAUGUGUGUGAGGGACCAAUGUUGUUCCACUACUCCAUUCUCAUCUCCCCCCACCCUUAAUAUUCUUAUUUUGUUUUCAAUUGUUUUGUUACAGUUUAAAUCCAUCCUUUGCCUGAAUCUGUGUUGUUAUAACUGAAAAAUGUAAAACAUACAUUAAUUGGUGUUAGCACAAGUAAUGAUUUUCUCUUUAUAUGAAAAAAACUUUCAGAUGGACAGCUGUCAUUUUCCUACAUUACAUGGUGUGUUGUAAAUGGGUAUAAAGGUAAAGUGGCAUAAGGUAAUGGCCAAAUGAUUGGUGUUAAAUAUUUUUUUGGUAUGUUCUUAUAUAAUGUAGGUGAUUCCAGCAAAAUAAAUUUGAACUGGAAAGUG